AUCCCAACCUUCUCAUGCACAUAAAGCUAAGGCUGCUAAAUAUAUUCCAUCCAUGUUACGUUUCAUACCAGCUGUUCCAUAUACCAUUCUUUCCUUUUCUCAAUUGUAAAAGAAAAAUUCUAUAAUAUAAGAGUAAUGUGUUUAAUGUGUAAUAUAUCUCUGGCAUAUCAAGAUUUGGGACAAAAAAAGUCGUCAUAAAAAUACGGAUUCAUGCUUAAAGAUAACAUUAAAAAAACGUCUCACAGGAAAAUAUAAAGAUUCAUAGAAGAAAUCAUUUGUCUCUCUAUGCUAAUGUUUCGAGUAAAGUUAACCAUACCAAACAGAAUAAAAACCAUCGAACCUAUAAAGAACACCAACCAUCCUAACUCAUCUAAGUGAUAAGACUCUACUCUUUCUCUUGUUUUCCCUCGUUCUUCUUUGUUCGCUAGAGUUUAAAUUUAAUUAAAUCGAAUAAACCCCUACUAAUUUGAUCCAUGUUGAUUUAUGUUCUUAUUUCAACAAACCAACGAAGAUAGGACCCCCAAAAAAGCUUACAAGGAGAGAAACCAUGCGAAAUCUCCAAACCCUUCGUCUCCCGUUGUUGUUUCGUACACUAUUUACGGUUGGUUUCGUCACUCUUCUUAUGAUUGAUGUGUUUGUAUUACAAAACAAUAACGAAGUCGACAAAACAAAAGAGACUACUACCGCCGCAACGAUGAACAAUUCCAUUAUACAUGCUAAGGGUGUAGAAAAAGAUCUUGGUGAUGGAUCAAAAUAUGGUGAUCUUAGCUACGGUGCAAGCAAAAGAAAAGUUCCUCGUGGACCCGAUCCUAUACACAACAGGAGAGCAGGAAGUUUAAGACGACCACCGGGAAGAGAAUGAGUACGGUGAAAGCUUGGAGAAGAAGCAGAGAGAAUGAGAGAAGUAUUUGUUGGCAAAAUAGGUUUUUGUAAAUGUAAUGCUCCUAGAUUCUCUUUCCCUUUCAUUUGGAAUCGAACCUAUAUGCUCAAAAUAUUUGUGACCCUACUACACUUCUAUUUUUUUCUUUUAGUAUUUUGUUUUAUUUUUUCUAGCAAAGAAAUACCGUGCUUGCAUUUUUCAUUGCACACAGCUUUCGAUGUUGAGUUAGCCAGAGAAGGUUAAAAAAUCUGUUUUCUCACA